UCCUAGUAAUCUCCGAAAGCUUCGCCGCCAAUAUCUCAAUCCACAAGGACUCCGAAACCAAACACCCCAAAAACAAUCAGCCUCCAAAAUUAUUCUCCUUUUUUCUUUUUUUGUUUUUGUCCAAAUCAGAAAAUAAAAUAAAAUUCAAGAAAAGAACACAACCCCAGAUAAAAGAAUCCACCUCGAAACUCUUGCAUCGGACCAGAUUUGUUCAUAUUUUCCGGCGGGUUUUUCCGGUCAGUUUGGCCAUCAUAUUUCUGGUGCCUUCUUUCGCGACUCCGUUCGCGAUUUGAAUGCAUUGGAAUCUCGGGUUCAACGAAUGAAUGUCGGACUAUGCCACUAGUUCCUUGGUCGAUAUGGGAAAACCCAAUAACGCCGCCGCCGCCCCCACUGCCACCGCCACGCUCGACACCCUAUCCUCCGCCCCCUCCCCGGACAACUCCGUCAAGAACGAUAAGAAAAAAAGGUCCAUUAUCCCAAAGAUUUUCAGCUCAAAGAGAACCGACAAGUUAAACACAGACGAUGAUUUGUUUCAAUUAGAGUACGGCGACGGCGCUGUUGAUAUUGGGAAGGGAAUUGCAAUCAGAAGAAAAGCUUUCUUGGAGUCAUCCCCCACCAUAAAAAAGAGCUUCUCAGAAAGAAAGGCAAGUUCAGAAAUCCAAGGCUUGAAUCUUUCAAACUUUGAUCAAUCUGUGACUCUACCAAAUGAAACCAAGAAUUUUCGGAUUUUUGUAGCGACGUGGAAUGUUGGUGGGAAAACUCCGAACAAUAGCAUCAACCUUGAAGAGUUCUUACAAGUGGAAGACACGACAGACAUUUAUGUAAUUGGGUUUCAGGAAAUUGUUCCUCUGAAUGCCGGAAACGUACUUGUUAUAGAAGACAAUGAACCUGCAGCGAAGUGGCUUGGUCUAAUAAGCCAAACCAUAAACAAAACCAAGAACAAUGACUCCAUUAAUGGUGGCUCUGAUAAUUCAUCUCAUGGCUCAAAAGCUUCAAAGGAUUCAAAGUCUCUGCCUUUCUUCCAAAAGCCAUCGUUAAAGAUGCUGAGCAGGAACCUGAGGCCGAUUGAUGGUCGGCUGCUGAAGGCCUGCAACUGCCCAAUUGAAUUGGGAUCGAAAGAGAGGAGAUUAAGGAAGCUCAACGACGACCCGACAGCUGAUUUUGACUCCAUGAUCUCACCGGAGCUUCAUAAUGAACAUGGAAGCUUAAUGAUGGAUCGAUUCAUUUCAAUUUCAGAACUUGCUUCAGCAAAAACAGGGGAUGAUGAUAUGCGCUACAAGCUCAUAUCCAGCAAGCAAAUGGUGGGUUUGUUCUUGUCGGUUUGGGCUCGACAGGAGCUCAUCCCUCAUAUUGGUCAUCUUAGAGUCUCCACCGUUGGAAGAGGCAUAAUGGGUCGCCUCGGAAACAAGGGAUGCAUAUCGAUUAGCAUGUCAGUGCAUGAGACAAGCUUUUGCUUCGUUUGCAGUCAUUUGGCAUCGGGAGAGAAGGAAGGGGAUGAACUGAGAAGAAACGCCGAUGCAGCUGAGAUACUCAAAAGCACGCAGUUCAACAAGAUCUGUAAGAAGCCCAAUAAACGAGCCCCUGAGAAAAUAAUGGAUCAUGACCGGAUAAUCUGGCUGGGAGACUUGAACUACCGGUUGUCAUUGAGCUACGAGGAAACCAGGAUUUUAGUAGAGGAUAGUGAUUGGGACAAACUCCUAGAACGGGAUCAGUUGAACGUUGAGAGAGAAGCGGGAAGAGUUUUCAGUGGGUUCAGUGAGGGGCGGAUCCAUUUUGCACCGACAUACAAGUACACCCAGAACUCAGAUUCGUACGCCGGGGAGAGCGUGAAAUCGAAGAGGAAGCGGCGGACGCCGGCAUGGUGCGACAGAAUACUGUGGCGAGGGAAUGGGAUGGAGCAGGUGUGUUACAUUCGAGGGGAGUUGAGAUUUUCGGAUCACAGGCCAGUAUGUGGAGUGUUUAGGGUGGCGGUGGAGUUGAGGAACAGAAGCAGUAAGUUCAGGAAAGGGUACUCAUGUGCGGCGCCAAGGCUGCUGCAAUUUGAGGAGUGUGUGAUACCCAAAAGGCAUAGCUUCUAUGAAUUCUAAAGCUUUUGUAUAUUUCUUCUAUGUUUUUCUUCCCCUUUUCAUUUUAGAUCAAAACCUAACCAACCUAUUCAAUUCAUUCUUUCAUUCUUUCAUUUUGACCAACGCUUAUGAAAUGCAAUCCUAAUCUCCAACUUCAAAUGCAAA